AUGGAUCGAUUUAUAUUGCUCGUAUUGAGCUCUUCUGUUUAUGGCCAAAUUGCUUUCAAAUUCAACAAAAAUGAUUUUGUGGAACUUCGAAGCGAAGAAAAAAAGUGAUUACAAUUUGAAAAUUGUAAAUUGUAAUUGUAUUUUUAGAGUUGUAAAAGUCGUUGCAACCUCUCAUUAUGACACUAUUGAUGUGCCCAUCCAAUUUAAAUGUUCGAAUAAUGAGAGUUGCGUGAUCGCUUGCAGUAAUGACAGGCUGACUUUGGAUGGAAACAACAACUUUACGGAGGAAAUUAAACUUCGAAUCGAGGGGAUCUUUAUUGGAAAUAACAAGCUAGUGGCUGUUAUUGAUGGGAAAGAGUGAGUUUUAACUAUAACUUAUCGGAUUUUCUGCAAAAAGAAUAAUUUUCAAAAUGGUCCAAGAUUUUUUGAUCGGAAGGCCUAAAGCAAUGGGCAUUUUUUUACAAUUUCUGGUUUCAAAAGCUGCGUUUGUAAGCUAAAAACUUUCGGAAAUUUUAAUGUCAUGUUAUGUAAAAAUUUGAAAAAAAAUUGAGCGUCGCACUUUGGACACUUCUCCUGUAAACUCCUGUUCGAUUUCAGAGAGAUUCAGCCAUUGGACAUUCGAAUCCAGCGCUCAGAGUAUGAAUCCCAAGUCUCGAAGGUGUUCAGUGUUGUGGCGACCUUCUUUAUUGUCGCUGUUACCUUCCUGAUCGGAACUCAGCUGGAGUUCCAUCGAAUGGUCGAGAUAAUGAAGAAGCCUGUGGGGCCAUUAUGCGGAUUCUUUUGCCAAUUCUUCUUUAUGCCCUUGGUGAGGGAACGAAAUAUUGAUUUAGGCGUCCAAAGUCAUCAUUGAUGAUAAACCAAAAUAAUUUUUAGAUAGGAUUUGGGUUAGCCUAUUAUUUACUGGCCGAUGCUGAGAACUCAAUGAAGCUGGCGUUCUUCGCCGUCGCCGUGUCUCCCGGAGGAGGGAAGAGUAGUUUUUGGACGAUUAUUUUUGACGGAAAUCUUGAUCUCUCGGUUUGUAUGACUUUUAUUGAAACAUUAGGAGCUGCUGGUAAGCAAACCCCUCUUAUUUUGCCACAAAAUUGCCUGACGAUCAAGAAAACAAAAUUUUUUAUACUGUUUAGUGAUGACACCCUUGUGGAUGUAUACCUUGGGCUCAGUCUUCUUCGAUAAUCACAUCAAUGUCCCUCUUCUCAAAUUCAUUGAGAGUCUGGCGAUAGUAUUGAUCCCAACUUCUCUGGGGAUCUUUAGUAUUCAAUUUGCACCCCAUUGGAUCAGCAAAAUUAAGGUUGUGAUCAAAGUAAGUUGCCUUUUUCGAAUUUGAAAAACCCUGGUCCAACGUAGGAUUAAAAUUACAGUAGAGGACCGGAUCCAGCGGCAAAAAACGUACCAUUUCGCAUCCGGGAAGUAUCAAAAAUGCAGCGAAAUACCUCCCUCUCAAAGUGAAAAAACUCCGUUUUGAACGUUACUUGUGCGCCUUUUCCCUCACAGGGAGGUAUUUUGCCGCAUUUUUUUGAUGCUUCCUGGAUGCAAAAUGGGACGUGUUUUGCCACUGGAUCAGGUCUUUCACUGUAUACAACAUUAUGCAGAUUCUUUACACUUUCUUUACCUCCAUUCCAGUACUUCACCUGGAUCCUUGUGAUCGUCCUCACCUCAGUCGGGAUCUAUGCAAAUUAUUACAUCUUUGCCUUCAUCAACUGGAAGAUUGUGGUCGCCUCGUGUGUUCUUCCCUGGUCUGGCUACAUUAUCGCCUUUCUAUUUGCCGUAAUUAUGCAUCAGAACUUCCAAAAUGCAAUCACAAUAGCCAUUGAGACGGGCAUCCAGAAUGUGGGGAUUGCGUUCACAAUCAUGUUGUACACAUUCCCCGAAUUUGAGAAGGACAUAGCCAUGGUCAUCCCCAUCACUGUGGUUCUGGUUACUGACAAACCGCUGUUCCUUAUAUGGCUGGUGAAGAAGUGCUUUUUUGGUAAAAAGAAGGAAUAA